GCGCUGUCUCCUCCUUUGCAGGCCUGGGAAGAGGAGGAGGAGGAGAAAGACAAGGCAGAGCAGCAGCCAGAAGGGAAGGCAGAGGGAGAGAUGCCGAGCAAGAAGAAGAAAUACAACGCCCGCUUCCCCCCGGCCCGGAUCAAAAAGAUCAUGCAGACGGAUGAGGAGAUCGGCAAAGUGGCAGCGGCCGUCCCUGUGAUCAUAUCCCGAGCGCUGGAGCUCUUUCUGGAAUCCUUACUGAAAAAUGCCUGUCAUGUGACGCAGUCCAGGAACGCCAAGACCAUGACAACAUCACACCUGAAGCAAUGCAUAGAGCUGGAGCAGCAGUUUGACUUUCUGAAGGACCUGGUUGCCUCCGUCCCGGACAUGCAAGGAGACACCGAGGACAACCACAUGGAGGGAGAGAAAGUGUCCAGGAGGGGCCGGAAACCAGGCAGCGGACGGAAGAAUGGCGGCACAGCGGGCAAAGGAAGGGAUGCCAAGCAGUCUGGCACUGAUUCGGAGCAAGAGGAUGAUUCAGAAGACAGCGAGAGCAACGGAGAAGAGGAAAUGUCCCAGCCGACCCCCGCCAUGCGACCCACUACACACCUCUCCACCACCCCAGUGCCGUAUCUCCCCUUCUCGGCCCCGCCGGUUCCCACAAUCCCCCUCGCCGUCCCGGCUCCGACGGCGUCCCUCUCGGCGGCCCCUCCGCCCGCUCCGCUUGCGCCGGUCAAGGAGGACGACGAAGAGGAAGACUACGAUUCCUAACCCUGAGUCCGUUUCAGCUGCUGCCACUUUUGGGGGACGGGGCGGGAGAGGGUCGGGGGGGGGGGUCGUACCACCGGGUUUGUUUUGGACUGGGCCGUUCUUAAAUUUAUUAAAAAACACGAAACUCUGAGCGUGGGAUUCUUUCUCCCUUGUUCCCUUUUUCCUCCGUUCCCAAUGAAGAAAUUGGAUGGCAUCCUUGUUUUGGUCCCCUGCCUUUUUUUUCCUUCGAAAGAGAGGUUGUAAAGCAAAUUGGGUUGUUUUUUUUAAAAUUUGUCAUUAAAAAAGAACAACGAAGGAA